UAUGGGUGGACAUUGCAUGGGAACCUUAAUGAGGCCUGAUAGUUUGAAGUAGGAACUAUUUUUCUGUAACACGGUAGCAAUGGCUGACAGACGUCAGUAUUUUUGUCUCUCUUGACUUAGCUCUGUUGUGGCGCUUUAACUUCUAUUUGGAUUGGAUGGGAUGUCAGAUAAGCGCCAGCGUGCAAGAGUCCAGGGUUCCUGGGCCAAACAGCUGCCAAAACCCUCAAACAGUCAAACGGCGGGCAGCCUAAACAAUCAACCCAAAAAUGUUAACGCCGCCUCUGGCACGUGGGGAUUUGGCAACCAGAAAACAUCCGAAGCAUUUGAGUUUCACAAACCCUCCAAGCCAAUAAGAGAAGUGCCUCCAGAGAAAGUAAUAGAACAUUUGGGUGAUUAUGAAAUAAGUCUCAGGCCUUCUGGGGUGUCUCGGCUGCGGCUGCGGCCCGGGUUCCUCACACCAGAGGAGGCUGACUGGAUGUUGAGUAAGCUACUAGCAGAGCUGCCAUGGUCCCAGAAGACUAACUACAGACUGGGUGAGGCGUAUGACGAGCCCAGGCUCACCUGCUGGUACGGAGAGUUACCGUACACAUACGCUCGCUCUACUAUGGCUGCCAACACACAGUGGCAUCCACUGCUGGUCGCCCUCAGAGAGGCGGUGGAGCAGGCCAGCGGCUGCACCUUCAACUCGCUGCUGUGUAACUUGUACCGAGACGGACACGACGGCAUCGGCUGGCACAGCGACGACGAGGCCUCUUUGGGCCCCGAACCCACCAUCGCGUCUCUGAGUCUGGGCGACACCAGAGUGUUCAGCCUUCGCAAGCAGCCUUCAGCGGAGGACGACGGCGACUACACAUAUGUGGAGCGAAUUCGGAUUCCUCUGAGCCACGGGACUCUGCUGCUGAUGGAGGGAGCCACGCAGGACGACUGGCAGCAUCAAGUGGCAAAGGAAUACCAUGACCGCGGCCCCCGCAUCAACCUGACCUUCAGGACCAUCCACCCGGAGCCGGAGGGCCACAGGCCGGGCACAAAGAUGAGAUUCACAGCAAAGAACCCGUAGGUUCCUCUCUGAGUCAGGCUCUAACGGCUGGUGAUGGAAAUGUUCACCACUUAAAUGAAGAUAUGCUUUUGAAGAAGGAGGUAUGAGUUGCAGUGGGAUUGUAAAUUGUUACACAGCCCUGCUUAGUUUAUAUAAUCAGAGAAAACUAGUUGAGAAAAGUAGUGCUUAACAUUUCUGAGGCUGCUGCUUUAUCAAAACCUUGAAAUAUUUUAUUUAGUAUUAGCUUUGCCAACUUGAAACGCGGCUCCAUCCACUGACUCCUGCAGUGUUCAAUAUGUUAAAUAAUAUACUUUUUUCUGAUUUUCACCCUAAUGAAUGAAUUUCAUCAGUUCGAUGUAAAAUCUGGCCAAAAUAUAUUUUUGAACAACUGAUUUUGGAUGACUUUCAAGUGUUUGUGCUGGUUCAUAGUAUAAGAAGGAUCUGGAGUGACUAAUGUGUAAAGAAACUGCUAGUGACCGGAAGUGGGUUUAUUAGUGGGGAUAAACUUUCAUGGAAAAGUUGAUCAAAGAAAACUAUUUUGUUUUUUGUUUGUUUAAUUUUUUUGACAAAUGUUCAAAUACUGAAAUAAUAAAAACACAAAAGCUUUUUGAAAAUUGAA